GUUGCCAGGGCAUUUUAAUAUUUUUACUUCCAAAAUAUUUUGUGUGUCUAAACAUUUCUCUAAGUGGUAUCACCCUGUGUAUGUCUUACUUGCCUCCUUUAAGUGCACACAUGCAUCCUGCCCGCUAUAGACCUGUGGGGAGGUGCUCUCCAUCUUGUGUUCACAGGACAACUACAGGCCACCCAGGCCCAGUCUACUCAGAAGGCUCAGGAUGGGCAAUGUGCAGCAUGGCGACAGGGCAGCCUCAAGAGGCCUGCAAGUAGGAGUAUCCAGGAGGGACAGCUGGGGACGUGAGCUCCUGACCAGCUGGCCCCUCUGCAUCGCUGUUGAGUGCUGUGGACCUAGCAGGCAUCUGGAUCUUGGUCUGGGCUUCAGACCUGAGACACGAGAUUGAAAAUGACAGCUCAGAACAUUCCUGCAGAAGAACUAUCCUGUGACAUGGAGGUGGAAGGAUUCAUGAGGGAGGGUCCUCAUUUCUCCAUUCUAGGUGAAAGUUGGGACUGUGAGAACCAAGAGGGGCAUUUGAGGCAAUCAGCUGUAACUCAGGAGGAACCAGGAGCUCAGGAAGCAGUUCGUGAAUAUCCUGGGUUUGGGGAGCAUUUGAGUGUGAGCCCAGACCUUCCACGACAUCAGAGAGUUUCUGCAGCAAACGGUUUCCAUGUACACGGCUCAGAUGUUAAAAGUCUAAAUUGUGACCCAGCUUUAUACAGUUGUCAGAAAAGCUGUGUAGCUAAGAGAACAGGUAACAGUGACACUUGUGGGAAAGCCUUCAACCAUUCCAUGGAAGUUAUUCAGUUUGGAAGAACUCAAACUAGAGAGAAACCCUAUAAAUACAUUGAAAGUGUGAAGCCUUUUAACCAUUUUGCCUCUCUUGGUGAGCAAAAAAUAAUGAAAAGAGGUAAGAAACUGUAUGAGGGUAAGGACUUUGGGGACAUCUUUGCCCUGAGUUCAUCUCUUACUGAAAACAGGAGGAGCGGCCCUGGAGAGAAGCUGUAUAAAUGUGCUGAAUGUGGCAAGUGCUUCAAACGGAACUCUUCCCUUGUUUUGCAUCACCGAACUCACACUGGAGAGAAACCUUAUACCUGUAGUGAGUGUGGAAAAUCCUUCUCCAAGAACUACAACCUGAUUGUACAUCAAAGAAUCCAUACAGGAGAGAAGCCCUAUAAAUGCAGUAAAUGUGGGAAAGCCUUCAGCGAUGGGUCAGCUCUGACGCAACACCAGAGAAUUCACACUGGGGAGAAACCUUACGAAUGCUUAGAAUGUGGAAAAACCUUCAACCGAAAUUCAUCCCUGAUUCUGCAUCAAAGGACUCAUACAGGGGAGAAACCGUAUAGAUGUAAUGAGUGUGGUAAACCUUUCACCGACAUCUCUCAUCUCACCGUGCAUCUCAGGAUCCACACUGGGGAGAAGCCCUACGAAUGCAGCAGGUGCGGAAAGGCCUUCCGAGACGGCUCUUACCUCACUCAGCACGAGAGGACGCACACUGGAGAGAAGCCCUUCGAAUGUGUGGAAUGCGGGAAAUCCUUCAACCGGAACUCUCACCUCAUCGUGCAUCAAAAAAUCCAUUCUGGGGAGAAACCCUACGAGUGUACCGAAUGUGGGAAAACUUUCAUUGAGAGUGCUUACCUCAUCAGGCACCAGAGGAUCCAUACUGGCGAGAAGCCCUAUGGCUGUGACCAGUGUCAGAAGCUUUUCAGGAACAUUGCCGGCCUCAUCCGUCACCAGAGGACUCAUACUGGCGAGAAGCCCUAUGAGUGUAGUCAGUGUGGCAAAGCUUUCAGGGACAGCUCCUGUCUGACCAAGCACCAGAGAAUUCACACUAAGGAGACCCCAUACCAGUGUCCAGAAUGUGGAAAGUCCUUCAAGCAGAACUCUCACCUGGCAGUGCAUCAGAGACUCCACAGCAGGGAGGGUCCCAGCCAUUGUCCUCAGUGUGGGAAGGCAUUCAGAAGGAGCUCUUCCCUCGUCCGGCACCGAAGAUCACACCCAGGAGAACAGCCUGUGGACACUUCAUGAACUUGGGCCACACUCGUCUUCCAACUUGCUGUCAAAAACCUGUGUGAAGGAGCAGCGUCUUCAGGGCAGGCUCCUCCCUUUCAGUGGAAAAGACUCCGUUGAGCUAUCCAGUGCAUCAGUGGAUAUGAAACAGUCCUUAGCCAUACUGUUAAGUUGGUACAUGAGGGAAUUCUCGGAGAGAAUACAGGAUGGUAAGAGACGUGGCAGAGGCUUCAGGGAUGACCCAGCCUGUACCAAACCCAGUCGUACAUACACUGGAAUAAAACCUGCGGGAGUCGGGAAGAUGCUUCCCCAGAGGCCCACCCACCCCUGCAUCAGAGUCCUUAAACGGGGGAGGACCUGUGUGACCGGGCUGAGGGACCCUUCAACAGGAAGCUCCUGCCUUACUGGAGGGAAGCAAACUCUUACUUGAUCCACUGAGGGGCACUCUCGGUGGGAGCCCUUCCCGUCUUCUCUGUAUCAGCAAAGGCAACCUUUGGGAGGCCCCACACAGUGCUCCAUCCCGCAGCAGCCACACACAGUGGGUUGCUGUUUGAAUGUGUUUCUGUGUUGUGGUCCUGCAAGAUGCUGAGGACUCAUUUCAGGAGAGGCAGCUGGACGAGGAAGUUGCUUGUGAGUGGACAGUGGUGUUGUCCCUCCUAAGAGGAGGCUGAAGCAGGCUCCUGCCAACAGGGAAGGCCUGCUGCUAAGAUGUGUGGCGCAUUGCUUUAGUUGUUGAGACAAAAAACACUGAGUUGUGUGUUUACGUUGUCCCCCCUCAUCAUUCGGGACACUUCUGACCUGUUCCACGCGGCCAUUGCCAGACCAUAACGAUGAAGGUUUUGUGGCCGUGUUGAAACUGCUUGUGAUAUGGCUGGCAACCAGAAGCAUGAAAUGCAAGGUUUGCUGUUGCUGCAGCCACGCUAAGAUGUGCACACAUAUGGAUGUAGGUUGGAAGUUGAUCAUGGAGAAAUAAAUGUGGUUUUCCAAGAGAACUAUUAA